CUACACUUGUUUUGUUUAUUCAAUACUUUUUUUUUUUUUGAGAGGUGUCCCAUCUUCAUGGAACCACAGAAUCUAACUGGUGUGUCAGAAUUCUUCCUCAUGGGACUCUCAGAUGACCCAGAACUACAGCCCCUUCUCUUUGGGCUGUUCCUGUCCAUGUACCUGGUCACUGUGCUCGGGAAUCUGCUCAUCAUCCUGGCUGUCGGCUCUGACCCUCACCUCCACACACCCAUGUACUUCUUCCUCUCCAACCUGUCCUUGGCUGACAUUGGUUUCACCUCGACUACCAUCCCCAAGAUGCUGGUGAACAUACAAACACACAGCAAAUCAAUCACUUAUGCAGGCUGCCUAACUCAGGUGUCCUUUUUUUUCCUAUUUGGAUGUUUGGACAGUCUACUCCUGGCUGUGAUGGCAUAUGACCGGUUUGUGGCCAUUUGUCACCCCCUGCACUACCUAGUCAUCAUGAACCCAUGCCUCUGUGGCUUUUUGGUCUUCGUGUCAUUUUUCAGCAGCCUUCUGGACUCUCAGAUUCACUGUUUGAUGGUGUCACAACUUACUUUCUGCACAAAUGUGGAAAUUCAUCAUUUCUUUUGUGAUGCACCUCAACUUCUCCACCUUACCUGUUCUGAUACCUCCAUCGACACCAUACUAAUUUAUUUCAUAGGGGCCAUUUUUGGCGGCAUUCCACUCUCAGGGAUCCUUUGCUCUUAUACUCAUGUUUCCUCCAUUUUGAGAGUCCCAUCGACAGGUGGGAAGUACAAAGCCUUUUCUACCUGUGGCUCUCACCUGUCAGUUGUUUGCUUGUUUUAUGGAACAGCUCUUGGGGUGUACCUCAGUUCAUCUGUCUCCCUGUCCCCCAGGAAGAGUGCAGUGGCCUCGGUGAUGUACACUGUGGUCACCCCAAUGCUGAACCCCUUCAUCUACAGCCUGAGAAACAAGGACAUCAAGAAGGCACUGUGGAGGAUUAUCAGCAGGACAGACUAA